CCCCUCUCAUUGGACCCCAGUGUGCUCGACGUUUCCAGACUCUUCGACUGUCUUGCAUGCCUCGUUGAAUUCCGGACCAUUCCGUCUCGCUCUCAUUGACUCGAUCGGCAACAGUCAUACGCUUGGCCCCUUAAGACUUUUGUGGGGGCCGCCGGUGCCAACACCUAUAUUAUAACUCUCGAGCCAACCCCGGUGGCAAAUCCGAGUCUCCAAGCUCUCCAGUCGGCGUCAUCUCCCUUUGACGUCCAAUCGCGGACAAGCACAUUAUGUUCAUGCACCCUUCUGCACGUAAGGGUUUGAUCACUGAACCAACUUCCGCUCCGUUCCUCAACUACCAAGACCCCGUUUGCAUACAAGACGACCCGAUUCUCGAUUACUCCCAAGAGGCUGCGCUCCACUUCUUCGGCCAACAACAACCUCGACUGCAGACUCCAUUCCAGUACCAGCCGGAUUUGCAGUUCGUUUCUCCGCCCUCUUCCGCACCCUCUUCUCCUACCUCCUCCCCCGCCUCUACCAUCUCCCACUAUCCAGCGACAACUGCAGUUGCCGCGGAUUACUCCUCUGCCGUCUUUGACGGUAACUCCUUCGAGGCCCCUUCGAUGACACCUUCUUCCUCCUACAACCCUUCGAUUAACAUUCAUCAUUCCGCAUCGCCGCCCUCACAAACCUUCUUGCCCCAAUAUUCCCAACCUUACUACUUCAACGGCAAUCCGAUGUUGGCACAACAGUCCGUCGCAAACAACCACGGUUGGGACGGCAAUUUGCAGCUGUUGGGCCCAGCUCGCCUCCAGAACAAUCUCUCCCGCGUGCCCCAGUUCGGUCAGGAGUCACAACUGAAAGCCUCGGCCAGCCCGUCUUCCAGCCGGUCUGCGCCAGCAGGCAGCUCCUACCAGAGGAACAACGGCCUAUCAAAGCCUCUGCCCACGCCUGUGCAGACUCCCGUGCAGUUUCAAGAUGGUAGCCAGGCUGAAGCAGAACUUGCAAUGAGACGGGCUGUUCUGGAACAGCAGCAGAAGCAGCAGCAACAUCACCACCACCAGCAUCAGUCCAGCGACUACUCAUUAGCUCCUUCUGUGUCGAGCGUGAGCCACAACUCGCCUGUGACUCCACAGACGGGCUUCGAAGACCUCGACGACGCAUCGAAGGCAAUUGUUAAUGGUGAGAACCGGUUUCCCGACGUAGACAAGUGGAUGGAUGAUUACUUACGCCUCGAUGCGCUUUCAGACUACAACAACCACAAUGCGAAUGGUAACAUGUCGAUUGGCAUUCCCAAGCUCAAUCGAACCAUUUCCGACAUCUACCAAGACGAGCUUUACAACCCAGCUUUGAUGUCGACGCCACAGGUGCCUAAGCAGCAGUCGACGAACCAGCAGAAUCUUCUGGCGCCUUCAUUCCGGAAUGUGAUCGCCGAUCGUCUCCAGGCUGCGAACCAGGGUCACUUGACCGCACGGUCUCAGUCUCCUAUGGUAAGCAUGCAGCGGGAUCGUUCUCCUUUCCGACAGAACUCCCCCUUGGCCGCAGAGUACAACCACGCAGCUCUCCAGCCACAAAUGGCAACCAGCGCCCCGACCUCUCAAAACGGGGUGAACAUGCGACAGGCACCCCAGGGGGAGCCUAAAACCAUGUCCCCCAAGGAUGCCUUGCUGGACUUUAAUGAGGGUGAUGAUGCCGGCCUUCCCUUGUUCCCCCCUUCAUCGCAGCCCGACUUUAAUCUGGGAGAUGCCCUUGGCGGACUACGACGGGAGAGUUCCUCCUCGUUCCAGCCGGCUCAGAGCUUCACUACCAUGGAGUCGUUUCCCACUCAAUACGCUACUCAGGCGCCGGCAGCACCCCAGCAGUUCUCCUUUGCUCAGCCGCAACAGAACCACCGCCGGACCCAGCAGCAGAACAAUCUGCUGCACCAGACUCCCGAAUUUCCUGCUUCUCUCCCGCGGUUCGAGUCUACGGGCAGUGAUGUGCUUCCUACGACCGAGAUGACUUCCCCCCAAGCACAGCCCAAGAUGCCCUUGCAGGCGCAGCCAAUCAAGGAAGAGAUUACUCGACCGGAGAACACCUCCGCGGACAGUGGCACCUACACCUGCACUUACCACGGGUGCACGCUACGCUUUGAAACCCCGGCCAAGCUGCAGAAGCACAAGCGCGAGGCGCAUCGCCAGACGACCCCGGGAGGUCACCUGGUGAGUCGUGAUACCUCCGCUCGCAACUCGCAGGCGGGUCCACACAAGUGUGAGCGCAUCAACCCGUCUACGGGCAAGCCCUGCAACUCUGUGUUCUCCCGGCCCUACGAUCUUACGCGGCACGAGGACACGAUCCACAAUGCCCGCAAGCAGAAGGUGCGGUGUCAUCUGUGCACGGAGGAGAAGACGUUCUCGCGCAAUGAUGCGCUCACCCGGCACAUGCGCGUGGUGCAUCCCGAGGUGGAUUGGCCCGGCAAGCAAAGGCGGAGAGGGCGGGAGUGAAGCUCUGGUGGACCAGCCCCCUCUGGGAUGGUGGGCACCACUGGCAUUCAGCUCCAUUCAGCACCAUUCAGAGUCCUUCAGCAUCCCCGUUGUGACAGCAUGCGGGCCCAGCACGUCCUAUGGGGACGGAGGAAGGGCGGAGAUCCUUCUGUGGGCGGCCGUU